UUACAAAAGUGUCGAAGAGUGACAUCUGUCGGCUGCCAUCGAGCGAUAGAGAUUUCGUUGGGUUACCCACAGUUCCUGGCUUUGAAAAGGCGUGUUCUAGGUAAAGAUGGCUACGGAUUUCGAGGAACUCAUUUCGGACCAAGAGAAAGUUCACAUUGUGUCUGAUUUUAUCCUGCAUGCACCUCCAGGAGAAUUCAAUGAAGUAUUUAAUGAUGUGCGUCUUUUGCUUAAUAAUGACACACUCUUGAAAGAAGGAGCUUCUAGAGCAUUUGCUCAGUACAACAAAGAUCAGUUGACACCUGUAAAGAUAGAUGGAUCCGAUUAUCCAGUAAGAUGACAUAAAUUUUAAGAUUUAUAAUUAACAUUAUCUUAAGCUCAAAUGCAGUACAAUCUCAGUAA